AAACAACUUUUGACCAGACCACCAUCGCGCCGGCCGAUUACUACUUCUUAGGCUUAGGCGUGUAUAUUGGCUAGCGGUAUGCCUGCAAUAAUUCAUGAUUUUCUCGUCUUCUAGACCUUGCAGAAAGAAAAAAAAACAAUUAGAGCAAUAUUUGACCGGAAGUCGAUGAAGCCGAUCUGGAAGGGAGAGAGGUUGGAGAUCUCAACGUCAAGGUGGAUGUAGACCUCCUGCAACUGCUUAGAUCGCGUCUGAUGAAGAUCGAGGUUAAGGCAGCCUAUCAGUCUGGUGUUCCCAAGAACGUUGUCAAUGUUGACGACCAUUGAUCGACAUCGCAGACCUUCACUUUCGAGCGCCUCGGUCUUAAAGGCUGCACCAUCAUCCUUGAUGGUAGACAUGAAACGUGGAAAUGAAUCGUUCAAGUUGGCUACUAGAGUUGGGUGAAGUGGCGCUCAACUGAGGAGAACAGUCGAAGCUUCUGCCUCAGACAUGGGAAGAAGACGAAGUACGAGUGAUGGAAGCCAAGUUCCACCCGCUACCAGGGUGGCUUCAAGAUGGUGGAUGUAUAGAUUUUUACCCGGGCUCAUUCCCAAGAUAGCGAUGACGAAAUGAUGAACUAGGUGUGGGGGAGAAACCAACCGGACAUUCACAACAACUCGACUUCAGUUCUACGUGUACCCUCGACGCCAGCCUUUUAUUGAAGUCCUCCGCGCGCCUUGAGUUUCAACUUGACUACGGUGGUUGAUUGCUACUUCCGCCAUGACUCUACUGUUACGCAACCUCGCUCCUCCAUUCAGCUUCGAACUGCGUCUGUCACCAUCAGCCAUACCAAUAUCAAUGCAUAUCGCCUCCGUUUCAUGAUGUUUUUUCCUGCGCAGUACCUGUCGUCGCAUCCAUCUUAUUGCCACGUUUGGUUUUCAUUCACUCUGCGACUUGGUUCCUUAGAAGAACUAUCAGCAGACUGGGGCUAAAUAAACCUAUUCUAAGCGCCCGUCCCGAGUUGUCGGACCGGUUUGAACGCGGAACGCAACACUGGACUUUAAAUGGGAAGAUUGUAAAUACAGCAUGGUUAUCGAAACAGCAUUCCCAUCAGUUAUUCCCGGAGUGAUGAAGGUAUCAUGAUAUCGGCAAACACCAUCGUGAACGACUCGCCUCCUCCGCGACGGACUCACCGCCUGCUAUGCACCGCAAAGCUCUGGAUAAAAGGCUUGAAUAUCUCACCGCACAUUUAUUGCCUUGAAUCGACGAUUGGCCCAUGAUUCAUUAACAACUUGUGAUCCAGUUACAUCUUCCUGGGCUCCAACCAACAAUCAAGAACCCUCAGUUAUAGGCUCGAAAACAUAACAUCCCAUCAUUGCGACCCCUUCCCCGGCCUUUAUCCUUCCAGACUUGAAGUGAUCAGAACCAAGGCCAAAGGUUGCUAUGCCGGUGAACACAGGUGGAAUAACGCCCCCGGAGGGCCUAAGUUUUUUCCCCCUCGAUGCACAUCCUACGCUGUCGGGAAUUAUUAUUGGACCCAUGGUUGUCGUUGGGCUCCAGUUCUUGCUGUAUGGCUUCUACAUCAUGGUUUUCGCCGUCUGCAUGAUGGUCCUCAAACGACGAAACAAAACUCCCCAACGAGUGUUCCACUUCACAUUGAUGGUAUCCCUAUUCGUACUGGCGACGAUUGGCCUUGGAAACAAUACCGCUCUGGCCAUCAUCCAAGCUGUGUAUUACUCCGACCGGUGCACUGGUAAGGAUAGCCCGGGACAGGUUAUGCUGAUGGUGUUUCAUAUGCUUCCGAUUGCGUCGACCGUUUUGACGAUGAUGGCCAAUAUCCUGGCAGAUGUUGUCUUGGUCUUCCGGUGCUAUGCACUAUGGGACUUCCGGAAGAGUGUGAUAAUCGUUCCAACCAUUGCUUGCGUUGUCUCCAAUGUGUUAGGUAUAUUAUCAAUGGCCAUAAUGGUUUCUUUAGGCUUGAACCCAGAGUCCACGCUUGCUACUAGAUUGGGAGGUCAAGCAGCACAUCUCGAGGAUGUAUACUACAUCAUGAACGCGUUUAUUAAUAUCGUGUUGACGUCGAUGGUCGCCAGGAGAAUAGGGUUCUCAGGAGCUUAUUACCCACCUACUACCGGACAAUCAUUCAAGAAACGAUACGCUUCGAUCUCUUCCAUCAUCUUACAGUCGGGACUGGUUUACCCGCUGGUCCUAGUCAUGUCCGUUCCUUUCACUCUUUUUCCUGCGUUAGAGGGGUGGGAUGUAUACCCUCUGUUGAUUCAGGUCGCGGGAAUAUGUCCAACUUUGAUGAUCGUUCGAGUUGGGCUUGGAGUUGGUGUCAUGGCCGGGAACUCCAGUGGGAGUUUUACUUUGAAUGUUAGUGGGACAGACGAGCAGUGGCGACGUUCGGCAUGA